AUGUUUAGACGGCAGGAGACCGAUACUUCGUCGUCUUCGUCAUCCAAUGCUGAAGUGCGUACACCUCCUCUAACCCAGGCUCCGAGUGUCCAAUCAGAUUACUGUUUUGAAGACGCUCGUCUACGUGAGACGACCAACGCGCAAAAACUCCUAGAUCUACCCAUAAAUGACAAACAGAGCCUUAUAGCUAAAGGCAUCCUAACUAAAAUUUGCCGCCGCAGACCGAAGCAACGGACAUUUUUUCUCUUCAACGAUACUCUUGUAUAUGCGAAUGUUUCCUACGGAAAACUCCUCGCUCAUCCGCAUGCAUUUCCGCUGGAGGAAGUCACCGUGUCUGAUGUGAAUGAUAGUGGAAUUUACAGACAUGGGUUCAUAAUCGAAACACCAAAGAAGUCUUUCACUGUCUACGCCUCAAUUGCCGAGGAAAAACGUAGAUGGGUACUAGUCAUUACUCAAAGUGCUGAAGCUGCUCGACAGGCUGCCGGUCGUGGUGAUGCGUUUGUUGCACUCAUGCCUUCUCUAAUCCACGUAAUUACUGUCUGCCUCACUGCCAGAUGCACAAAAGAAGCUAUCACUCCUACAGAAAUCACCUGUAUGGAUUCCCAACUCAGUGGCAACGCACUGCAUGGUAUGCCUAACCACCGAAUUUACCAUGGUUCAGCGUCGCGUAAGUGA